AUGGCCUGCCUGGGCCAACAUCCAGGUGGAGAAGAAGUUUUGCUCGAACAAGCCGGUAGAGAUGCCACAGAGAGCUUUGAAGAUGUUGGGCAUUCCACAGAUGCCAGGGAGAUGCUCAAGCAGUACUACAUAGGGGAGGUGCAUCCGCAUGAUCGUAAAAAAGAAGGUUCUAAGGAUCCGAGUAUGACAUCCUCAGGCCAAGCAAGUUUCUGGUCAACGUGGCUAAUCCCCAUCUUCGGAGCACUGGUCCUAGGUUUAAUGUAUCGCUAUUACGUGCUGGAUGGGAGAACCUCUUGA